AUGGCGCAGCAGCAUCUUCCAAAACCAACAGGGGUCCUUCCCUACAGCACGCCAAGUCUUCACAGUCUUUAUUCUAUAGGCAAGAAGCUAGGCCAGGGCCAGUUUGGAACUACCUUUCUGUGCACAGAGAAAUCAACUGGCAUUCCCUAUGCCUGCAAGUCCAUUCCCAAGAGAAAACUCAUAUGCAAAGAGGAUUGUGAUGAUGUAUGGAGGGAGAUUCAGAUAAUGCAUCACUUGUCUGAGCACCCUAAUGUGGUGAGAAUAAAGGGCACUUAUGAGGAUCCUGUUUUUGUGCACAUAGUGAUGGAGUUGUGCGCUGGUGGCGAGCUUUUCGAUAGGAUUGUGAAAAAGGGACAUUACAGUGAAAAAGAGGCUGCAAAGCUGGUGAAGACUAUUGUUGGGGUAGUUGAGGCUUGUCAUUCUUUAGGGGUUAUGCAUAGGGACCUUAAGCCUGAGAAUUUCUUGUUUACAAGUGCUGAUGAGGAUGCUGCCCUCAAGGCCACUGAUUUUGGCCUCUCUGUCUUCUACAAACCAGAUGAAAGUUUCUGUGAUGUAGUAGGAAGUCCUUAUUAUGUUGCACCGGAGGUUUUGCGCAAGCAUUAUGGACAUGAAUCAGACGUAUGGAGUGCUGGAGUUAUUUUAUACAUUUUACUUAGUGGUGUUCCGCCUUUCUGGGCAGAGACUGAGAAGGGAAUUUUCCGCCAGAUAUUACGAGGAAAAUUGGAUUUUGAGUCUGAACCAUGGCCUGGCAUUUCAGAUAGUGCCAAGGAUUUGAUUAGUAAAAUGCUUGAUAAGAAUCCGAAGACAAGGUUAACAGCACAUCAAGUUCUCUGUCAUCCAUGGCUUGUUGAUGACAAAAUGGCCCCUGAUAAGCCUCUCGAUUCUGCAGUUUUAUCUCGGCUAAAGCAAUUUUCUGCAAUGAACAAACUUAAGAAGAUGGCUCUACGGGUCAUUGCGGAGAGACUAUCAGAAGAAGAGAUUGGCGGUCUCAAGGAGUUGUUCAAAAUGAUAGAUACAGACAAUAGUGGAACUAUAACUUUCGAUGAACUUAAAGAGGGUUUAAGACGAGUAGGCUCUGAGCUAAUGGAGUCCGAAAUUAAAGAUCUCAUGGAUGCAGCGGACAUUGACAAUAGUGGAACAAUAGAUUAUGGGGAGUUUCUUGCUGCUACAGUGCACUUGAACAAGUUAGAGAGAGAGGAGAAUCUACUUUCAGCCUUUGCUUUCUUCGACAAAGAUGGUAGUGGUUACAUAACUAUUGAUGAGCUUCAACAAGCUUGCAAAGAAUUCGGGUUGAGUGAAUUUAACCUUGAUGAGAUGAUUAGGGAGAUCGAUCAAGAUAAUGAUGGUCAGAUCGACUAUGGCGAAUUCGCUACUAUGAUGAGAAAAGGAAAUGGAGGAAUUGGAAGGAGAACCAUGAGGAAAACUAUAAACAUGGGAGAAGCCUUGGGAUUACAUGUUACUGAAAGUGGAGAAUACAGCCAACAAACCUAA